UUGGGCUCCCCACGAAUAUUUAAAAAAAUUCGGGAAAAAGUUUAAGAGUUUGGUAAUUUUAUUUUUUUUCAGUUGCUUUGAUCUGGUAUAAGAUUUUCGUGUGAAUUAUGUCCCCUGGCGUUGUGGAUAAUGAUUUGAAAAAUGACGAAAAUCGUCCGGAAAAGAUGGAUACAUUAGGUUCGUUCCAACCCCCCGUUUUCGUAUCGUCAUGAAACGGUUUCGGAACUGUUAGGAUCGAUUGCAGGCGCAUGCGUUGACCUUGCACGGUUUUAUCUUGGUACAGAAACAACGGGUAGUUGGAACGGUUUCAUGAUCGUUUUCGUAAUGACGACAGUUCAAAUAACUUUAACCCUAAAUUUGUUUGUUUGCAAAUUAAAAUAGAAGAAUAUAGGAUUAGGAUUACAAAAUAAUAUAUAAAAAAGGAAAAUCGAACACCAACGCUGAUUCAUUAUCAAGAAUCUAAAACUGAAUCCUUGCAAGCUGAUAACAUCAAGGACUAGCAAAUAGCUGAUAAUAAAUUUUGUACUUUUUUUCACUUGAAAAAAUAAAAAUGCUACAGUUUUAUAAGUUAGAUUGGAAAUUGGUUGUUUAACAACAACAUGAACAACAAAAACAGGUGACAAAAAUUGAAUUACGCAUGUCAGUCAUGAAUCAGUCCACGCGGUUCUGGCUUUCCACUCGGGAUCGAAAUGACGAUGCUAAAACCAGUUCUCGAACGAUCCCAGGUUUGGUUGGAACGCCAACGAAACUGUACGGUAAACGAUCAUCUCUCGGUUGGAACGCGUUUAACAUAUGGCGCAUGACCGUGACCGUACAUUGUACGGUUUUUGGCUGGGUUGGAACGAACCUAUUAUUUUAGAACCAAAAUACACAAGCUAAAAGAAAACGCUACUGAGCUUAACAAACACAAAUGUCAUUUUUCGAUUUCUUAUAAUUCUAACCUUACUUUUCUUGUGAUUAUUUGUGUAAUGUGCUUCAUAUUUUACCAGACUGUUUUCUCCAAAUUCAAUUAAUAAAUAAGAGGGUGAAAAUGUCUAACGCAGAAAUGGACGUGAGCAGCGACAGCUCUUCGGAAAACGAAGACCAGGAAAUGGACGAAAAUAAGGAAGAGCCUGAAGAAAAACGCGAAGUUUAUUUGCCAGGGAAGCCUCUGGAACAGGGCGAGGAGCUGACGUGCGAUCCCACCGCUUACGUGAUGUACCAUCAGGCUCAAACCAGCGCCCCUUGUCUCAGUUUUGAUGUCAUUCAAGAUGCUCUCGGUGAUAAUAGGGAAAGUUACCCUUUAACAGCGUACGUGGUGGCCGGAACUCAAGCUCCACAAACUCACGUAAACAACAUUCUAGUAAUGAAAUUGACAAAUUUGCAUAAAACUUCUAAAGCCGAAGAAAGCGACGAUGAAGAUGAAGAAUCGGAUGAGGAAAAUGACGAGGAGACUAAUCCUAAGAUGAUUGGGGCUUUGGUCAAACAUCAGGGCUGCGUUAACAGGAUAAGGAGUUCAGUGAUGAACAACAGAAUCCUGGCAGCGUCAUGGAGCGAACUGGGCCGAGUGAACAUCUGGAACUUGAUGCCCCAAAUCCAAGCGGUAGAAUCCGACCAGACGCUGUCACAGUACAACAAAGAAAACAAACAAAAUACAAUCACGCCAAUUUUCACUUUUACCGGUCACAGCGUCGAAGGUUUCGGUCUGGACUGGAGUCCGACAAUGACUGGAGUUUUGGCUACCGGCGAUUGCAAGCACGACAUUCACAUUUGGAAUCCAUCAGAUUCAAGUUGGCAAGUGGAUCAGAGACCGCUGAUCGGCCACCAAAAUUCCGUGGAAGACUUACAAUGGUCACCCAACGAAAGAAACGUUCUAGCCAGUUGCUCAGUGGACAAAAGUAUCAGAAUUUGGGACACCAGAGCCACUCCGGCCAAAGCAUGCAUGAUAACGUGCGAAAGGGCCCACGAAAGUGACGUGAACGUCAUAAGUUGGAACAAAAACGAGCCGUUUAUUGUCAGUGGAGGCGACGACGGGUUUUUACACGUUUGGGAUUUGAGGACGUUUCAAAGUAAAACGCCUUUGGCUACUUUUAAACAUCAUACUGAGCCUGUUACUACUGUGGAAUGGCAUCCUACCGAUUCGGCCGUUUUUGCUUCCGGUGGAGAUGAUAAUCAAAUUGCUUUGUGGGAUUUGUCAGUUGAGAAAGAUGCUGAAGCUGAAGGCGUGGAAAUUGAUGGAGUUCCUCCUCAAUUACUAUUUAUACACCAAGGACAAAAGAACAUCAAAGAGUUGCACUGGCACAAACAACUUCCCGGAGUUGUCAUUAGUACAGCCGAAAGUGGAUUUAAUAUAUUUAGAACGAUUAGUGUAUAAAUAAAGACAAUUUAUGUAUUUUUAUUUCUUUUAUUUUUUAAAUUAUCUUGGUUAAACAAGAAAAAUUGAACUGAUAUUUAGCUGGCCCCCG